UUAAUAGUAUCUAUGACGGAAAAUGUAUCGCAUGAAAACAUGGAGCUUUACGAGAAUCCCGAACUUCUACCGCUGGAGGAGCUAAAGCUAAAGAUUAAAACUGGUGGUGUUAUUGAAGAUGUUGAAGCUUUGAGUAAGAGAUGGGCAAGUGACCAUUAUUUUUUAAGUUAUGAAGCACCUGAUAUAUACAAUGAUGAUGGAUUUGAAAUUACGGGAGCAAAACAGCGUUGGAUGGAAAUUGUCAAUUAUAUGAUUAAUGAUUUAAAAUGGUUACUUGGUCUUCCAUUUUAUAAGUUUUGGUCAAACAUUGUAUUCAAUACCUCGAUAUUAGAUACAUUGGUAUCUUUUCUACAAGAAGCACCACCAUUUUAUGCUUUAGAAAAUUUCCCAAAUUCUCCAGAAAUGUUGGAACUUUUAGAAACACUAAGUCGCUAUGUACUUGUAGUGUUUACACGACUUGUCACAAAUAAAGAAAGCUCCAAGGAAUUUAUGAACCGUCCAUUUUUUGGAAAUUUAUUGUAUGAGAAGUACAUAUUCACGGUACCUAUUAUCUUUGAUCUCUGUCAACUUUAUGGCAGAGAUAAUGGAAAAGUAAUAAAGAGAAUUUUAAAUUGUUUAUUUACAUUAGAACCAAGGUACUAUAAUGAUCUUCAGAGAGCUGUUCCUUAUCUUGUAGAGGUUCUUGAAAAUGUUGAGGCACAGUUUGAUGGCUAUUCUACUCACACCAAUGAAACUGUCUCAUUGUCAAAACAGAAUACUAAUUCAACAAAAAUUACAUUAGUUCAUUUGGAAGAUAUGAUAUUAUGUGUUUUAGAUAUAUCAUCAACCAUUAAUGUGUUCUUAAAAAAUUACCAUGUUGCAAUUAGUAUAUUUCAUAAAAAGGAUUUUAUGAAUAAACUUGUUUUAGUAUAUGAAAACACAAUACCUGAGAUGUAUAAAAUAUUAGAUAACUUAGCAAACAACGAUGAAAAUAUGCCGAAAUAUGUACAACUGAAGCAUCGUCUGGAUGUAAUAAGAAUUGAAAUUAUAAAUCUUUUUCGUAUUAUUAUAUACGAACCAGUGUCAAAUAUCCAAGAAAAUUUGAAUUCGAUAAAAGAAGCAGAGUUGAAGGAACGGGUGGAUGAAUAUCUUAAUUUACUAAUCAAUGUAAUUUCUGAAAAAGAGUUCAUUACAGAUUAUGUUCAGUUUUAUCCUAUUGAAUUAGAUUUGAUUGUAUUUUCACAAAUUUGUCCUGAUUUUGAUACAAUCAAAUAUGAUUACAUAAUGCAGUCAGUAAAUGCAAUUAUUGGAAACCCUGGCACCCCAUCUACUAGCUUUUCUAACAAUGUAAAUGAAGCUACAGCUGGACCCAGUGGUAUUUCAAAUCAAACAGCUACAUCUAAAAAUGUAGAUUCUUCAAAUAAGAAUCAAAUUUCCAUGAUGAAGAAUUCUGUUGAAUUUGCUGGACCUAGUGGUAUAAAUCAAACAGCUACAUCUAAAAAUAUAGAUUCUACAAAUAAGAACCAAAUUUCUGUGAUGAAGAAUUCUGUUGAAUUUGCAUCCCUUGUUUCUGAAGUUAAAGAUAUCUUAUAUGAUUUAGAUGAACAUUUCAUUGAGAUAAGUUUGGAGUAUUACAAUUAUGACACUGCAGCUGUGAUAAAUGCCGUAUUAGAAAACUCAUUACCGCAGAAAUUAAAAGAAUUAAAGGAGUUAGGACCGUCACAAAUACCUAGUGCAACGCCAAUUUAUACUGAGGUUUCAGUUAAUGAAAAUUCGAUGGUCGAUAGUCAUAAUGAUAAUGACAAUGAUGACAAUGAUGAUGAUGAAAAUGAUGACGAUGAUGACGAUGAUGAUGAUGAUGAUGUUUAUGUGAAAACUGAAGAAACAAUACCAAUAGCUACUGAUUAUAUAAUUAAAAAUUACAGCCUUGUUGCAGACGUUUACAACGAUGAGUAUGAUGAUACGUAUGACAAUCGUGACAUACGUGGGAACACACACGAUAAUUCGACUGAAAUAGAUUCAAGACCUUUUACUAUACCAAGAGUCCUUCGUGAAAAACAAAAGAUUGAAGUCGUAAGUGAUUCAGAAUCAGAAAACGAAGAUGUGGGGAAUGAUCAAAAUGGAAAAGACUGUUUUGUACAAAAUCCAGAAGAGAUACGUGCUAGAGCGGAGCAACGAAGACAAAUGCGAGGUGGGAAAGUUGCAUCAAAUGUAAUUGGUAAACCUAAAGGUCAAGGACAGGAGAAAGAUGUCUUAUAUAAUAGGCAGCAGAAGAAUACCAAAAAAGCAAAACGUGCCAAUCACAAUCGUCGUUCUGGUGCCCAGUGGAAACGAAAUCAAGGGAUGGUUUCAUCAUAAAUCUAUCUAUAAUUUUACAAUAUGAUUGUAAAUACUGCCAUUUGAUAAAUAUAUU